CUUCUUAUCCACCAUCUGAGUCAAUCUGUCAGUGUGUAUUCAAGCUUCAACACCUGUUUUCAAUAAUCAGCUAAUUAAAGCCAGAAACUGCAGGAUGUUUAUAUGUUUGGAAGCUCCAGGUUACCAGCCAAAUAAAUGGAGAAGCAGACAGUAAAAGUAAGUUUUACGCCUCUUUUUUUUUCUCCAGCAGAGAAAAUCUGUGGUUAUAUACAAAGAUGGUAAAAGGAAGCUGUUAAAGUUGAGUUAAAUGUGGACUGUGUGUCAAAAGCUCAUGAUGGAACAGAGACGACGUCUAGAGACUAUGCUGGAAGAGUCAGAGCCAGAGGAAGAAACUGAGGGGGAGAAGACGGGAGAAAAGGAGGAUGAGGAUGUGCAAAAAGAAGGAGGUUUCACGUCACAGGAAGUAAUGGCGGAAGAAGAGGGUGAAGAAGAUGAAGAUGCAGUUAUGCUGAGGGUUAUGAGACCAAGGCGACUGUCCCGUUCUCUCAGCCAGACAGAGAGUUUAUCUAAAACGUUACCAAGCAGCAACCAUCAGGAAGAUACAACGGUUUUCUCAGAGUCGGAUCAGCUCAGUUCAGUGAACUUAACCCGUGAUUCUACCAGAUCUGGAUCACAGGCACGAUUAGGAAAAGGGAAGAGGUCCUCAAGUAGUGGGCUGAAAAAAAAGGCAAGAGUUUUUUUUUGUCUCUUUACAUUAAAUAUCAGAAAAUGCACAACUCACUCCAAUAAAUGUGAUUUGUUUUGAAUUAAGGUCUCCAAGAUCAGAUCUUCAACUUUUGAAGAACCCAAAUCAGUGCAGAAGAAAGGUAACAGCAAGAGGAAAAAUAAGCUGUCGGUAAGAGUGAGUGUUAAUUUGAAGAAAAGAAGGAUAUACAUACAUAUAAAUCCAAAUAAUUCUCUUCACUGGUCCUCAAAAAUAAUCUCUUAACAGGACCCUUUUCCUCAGUGGGUGGUGGAUCUUAUGGUCAACAUCGAAGAGGCAACAACCCACCAGCUUGUGGUUGAGUAACACUCCUCACAACAAGAGUGUGAAACAUGUUGGGCACGCUGACCAACGACCUUGUUGUGGAAUACCGAAUGUAGAGCAAACAGCACGGAUUAUUAUGGUCAGAACUGCCAGAGAGAUUAAAGUUCAACCGGACGGUCACUUUUUCUUUUUUCUUCAAUAUUAUCACUACAUGUACAAAGAGUAAACAAUCUGAAAAGUACAAAAAUGUCAUGUAUCCAGCAUUGGUCUACUUUGUUUACUUCAAGUUUAUCAUUAAAUAAUACCUAACAUCAUGUAGUACUUUUGAAUUAAUGCAAGUUUCUCUCUUCUCUCAAAGCGUUGACUUGAGCCCUAUAACCUGUUUUUCAGGUCAG